AUGGCUCGCACUGAGUCGCAGCUCCAGUCCGUGGCCGAGGAGUGCCGCGCCAAAGGGGCUGCCAAAACCGCCGUUAUCCCCUGCGACAUGAGCGACGGCCAAGCCGUGCAGUCUACAGUUGAAAAGUUUACCGGAGAGCAUGGCUUCCCCAAAGUAUUGGUCAACUGCGCUGGCAUGAUGGCCAAGGGUCACGCCAAGGAAGGCGAUCCUGACGAGUGGGACAAGAUGAUGGCCAUCAACGUCUCGGCACCCAUGCGUCUGACGCGCUACCUGAGCCCUGAGAUGGCCAAGAGCGGUGGCGGCUGCAUUAUCAACAUUGGCAGCGUUGCCGCUGUGGAACCCAUGCAGAGCUCGGGGGCCUACGCUGCCUCCAAGCAUGCCUUGCGCGGCUGGAGUUUGAGCUGCUACCAGGCCCUUCGCCACGAUAACAUCAAGGUUGUGCUCAUCAACCCGGCCUUUGUCAACACGGAGCUCGUGGCUAGCGUCCAAGGCGUCAUCAAAGGCACCAGUCGUGAAUGCCGGAGUGUGUCGCAAGAAUGGAACAUGCGCCGGGCCAUGGCUGAUGCCGUGCGCUCAGAUGUCAGUGACACUGAUUGGCCAGGUGACGCCCUGGACGAAUCUGCACGCAUACAGCAGCCCGCAGAUACAGGCCCCCGGAUCGAUUGGGGUCAGUUCGCAGAGACAGCCGAGGGCGUACCUCUACCAGCCGUCCGCCAACAGUUCGGCAACGACCGCCCCGACCAUGCAGAAAGCGACGAUGAGGUAGCACUUGACUUGACCUCCGUUGGCGCUUCCGUGCGUCAGCGAAAGGGCAAGUCGGGACCUCGCAAGCCAAGUCAGAAGCGCGAUGCUGAAGCUAGAAAUCCAAUCGCUGAAGUCCUCGAUCAUGAGGCGCGCCGCUUCCCGAGGCCAGCCCAGCAACCACGCCUGCAGUAUGCCAUCAAAGAUGGCGAACACACGCCUGUUCAUUGCUCUCGCCCGAAACCCAGACUAGAUACAACACACGCAUCCCGGCCAACCCAGUCCGUCACACACAGCCGCAACGGUGCCGAAUCUCCUCCCGCGUCGACGGCCACGACAUCCAAGCCAAUGUCCAUCGCCGCAGCACUGGUGCUCAAGCGCUCCCAACCCGCUGCGCCCACAACCGAACCGGUUAUCCAAACAUCGAAAGCGCCCCCGCACAAGAGCCCAGCCCUGGCGCCAGCCAAAAAAACUAUGCCUAUCCACUCGAUGCCAACACCCACAGCGUGUCCCGCACCGACAGCAACCGCGAUUAAGGUCUCACGCCCUGACCAGUUUGAAGCCCAACCCCAGCCUCCUGCACCAGCAGCCGUCUCGUGGUCGAGUUUCGCCUUCCAACGCGACAGCAGCUCAGACGACGACGAGUAUUGA